UAUCUUUUAGCAAGUAGGAUCUUGAACCUCAACCCCUGCUUUGCUAUUGCGCUCUCAAUUUCUUUCUUGUCCCUCACCCUGCUGCUGAGUGUUGCUGUCUCUCUCUGAACUAUGGCAGCCACGCUCAGUCUCUUAAAGCUUCCAAUUCUUCCUAACAAGCCACGCCAAUCAACCUCAAAGCUUGUUCCUAUUCCUUAUAUUUCUGCAAAACUAGACACCCCUAAAGAUUUCCCCAACCCACAAAAGCUCUUGGAUCAAAAUGCCAAUGCUCUUCUCAAACAUGCAUCUCUUUCCCUCACAGCAGCCACAUUUCCAUUCUUAUUAGAACCCAAGGAUGCACUUGCUGUUGGUGGAGAGUUUGGGAUAUUGGAGGGAAGAACAUUUGCUCUUAUACACCCCAUUGUGCUUGGUGGUUUGUUCUUCUAUACAUUAUAUGCAGGUUAUUUGGGGUGGCAAUGGAGGCGAGUAAGGACUACCCAGAACGAGAUUAAUGAGCUCAAGAAACAAAUCAAACCUGCCCCGGUCACCCCAGAUGGCAAACCUGUGGAAACAGCACCAUCACCGGUAGAACUCAAAAUACAACAACUUACUGAGGAGAGGAAAGAGCUGAUCAAAGGUUCAUAUAGAGAGAAACACUUCAAUGCAGGAUCCAUACUUCUAGGAUUUGGAGUGUUUGAGGCGGUUGGUGGAGGACUGAACACAUGGCUUAGGACAGGAAAGUUAUUUCCUGGUCCACAUUUAUUUGCAGGGGCAGGUAUUACAGUCCUAUGGGCACUGGCUGCUGCCCUAGUACCACCAAUGCAGAAAGGAAGUGAAACAGCCAGAAAUCUUCACAUUGCGCUGAAUACAUUAAAUGUUCUGCUCUUUAUUUGGCAGAUUCCCACUGGACUUGAAAUUGUACUCAAAGUUUUUGAGUUCACCAAAUGGCCCUGAAUGUAAUUAGAUUCUCAUUGGUAAGUAACUUCCCUGGUAUAAUUUACUUACAGUUUAGCUUUCUCACAACAUCAAAUAAUGCAACAAAAUUGUAUCUCCCAUUUUCUUUGGCCUUGUACCAUAAUUGUGUGCACUGUGCAGUCAAGUGUUGAAUAACUGCAUUACUUCAUUUUUUGAUAUAAGUUAGCAUGUAAGAAGUUCUUACAGUGAUUAUAUCAACUCCCCUGUUUUGAGUGAA